GUAUUAAUGAAAGUAUUAAUAAUCAAGUAUACUUUACUAUAACUGUUGUAAUAUUUUGUAGACAAACACUUAUAGGUGGCGUGUAUGGAACUUUAAUAGAGAUAUAGAAUAAAAAGUACGAUUGUAAAUAUGAGUGGAGCAACAAGUGUUAUUGAACCAUCAAGUACUAAUACCAAAUUUCCAAGUGGAGAGGAUAGUAAUAGUAAUGGUAAACUUUCUGAUAAAGAUCAUGAAGCAAUUCGACUUUUUGAAAAGGCAAUUGAUAAAGAGGCAUUAGGAAUGAUGUCUGAUGCCGUUAGUUUUUAUCGUCGAGCAUUUAGAAUUAAUGAACAAGUUGAUAUAUUAUAUAGAACUCAAAAAGUACCUCAUACCAUUAAUAAAUUACGAGAAGAAGGUGGAAAGAAUAUAGCAAAAAGAAUUGAUGAAGAGAAAGUAAAGAAAAUUAAUGUUGAUGAAUUAAUUGAAAGUUUUAUUCAUACAGAAGCAAUAGCUAUUGAUCCUAAUAAUCCAGAUCAAGAUGAUCCAAAUCAUUUAACUAUAAAAUUAGUUAAUUUAGGAUUAGAAACUGAAACUAUAGCAGAUAUUAAACCAGUAUCACCAUUAAUUCAUUUACCAAAUGAAAUAUGGCAUAAUAUAAUGGAAAUACUUUUAUUAACAUCACCAGAAUCUUGGUUUAAAUUUUCAAUUACUUGUAAAAGAAAUGCCUAUUUAGGAUUAGGUUCAUCAAAUAUAUGGAGAAAAUUAUGUUAUCUUGUUUAUUCUAAUCAAAUUUAUGAAGAAAAUGUUUUAUAUUUAAAUGCAAGAAGUGUUAAAACUCUUGAUGAUGAUGAUUCAUUACCUGUACCGAAAGAUCUUGUUAAGAUUUUACCUCAAUAUAAUAAUUCUUGGAAAUAUAUGUUUCAUACUAGACCAUUUAUUAAAUUUUUAGGAUGUUAUAUAAGUGUGGUUAAUUAUUAUGGAGAAGGUGGUAAAGCUGAAUUUUCUAGUAGUUGGUCAAAUCCAGUUCGUACAAUAACUUAUUAUAGAUAUAUUAGAUUUUAUCCUGAUGGUUCAUGUGUAAAAGUAUUAUCAGCCAUGGAACCUAGUAAAGUUGUACCUCAUUUACUGAAAUAUAAUGUUCUGAAUAGUAUAGUUGGAUUUGUAUCUGAUCCAAGUACAACUGAAUCAUCAACACAAAGUCAAACUCAAACUCAAAGUCAAAGCCAAACAUCAACUAGUAGAUCUCAUACUCAACAAAUAAAAGAAAGUCAAAGAAUUUAUCAUGGUAAAUGGACUAUUUCAACUAAUGGAGAAAUUCAUAUAAUUAUAGAUAAUGGAUCAGUACCAUAUUAUACCUUUCAUUAUAAUUUUAAUAUAAAAACAUUAGGAGGAAUAUUUAAACAUAAUAAAUUAACUUGGGGUCGAUAUUAUGCUAUAAGAAAGAAGAUGUCAGAAGAUGAUGAUAGACAAGGAGAAGAGACUGAAUUUUCAUUAAAGAAUGAAAAGCCAUUUAAGUUCCUGCGAGUUAAAAGUUAUAGAAUAGAUAAUUAGAAAAAAUGUAUAUAUAUAUAUAUUAUAUUAAAUAAUAUAAUAUAAUGUAUAUAAAAAUAUAAUAUAUAUACUUUAUAG